AUGUCCACUAACUUAGAAAAGCACUACCAAAAAGUUAUCGAUGAAAAUAACUUGGAACAAUUGAGAGAUAUCUUGGUCAGCAAGGACUCUGCCUUAUCCAACAGAUUCAGAGCUCUUUUCAACUUGAAAUGUGUUGCUGAAAAGUUCGCUGUUGACCCAGUGGAUGCUAAUAAGGCCGUCAACUAUAUGGCUGAAACUUUCGGUGAUGACAGUGAAUUGCUAAAGCACGAAGUUGCUUACGUUUUGGGUCAAACCAAGAACAUGGAAUCUACCACCAUCCUAAGACACGUUAUGUUGGAUGCCGCUCAACAACCAAUGGUUAGACAUGAAGCCGCUGAAGCUUUGGGUGCCCUAGGUGCCGAAGUUGCUCUAGAUGAUUUACAAAAGUGUCUUGACAACGAUCCACAUCCAGCUGUUAAGCAAACCGCUGAAUUGGCUAUUGCUAGAAUCCAAUGGGAACACUCCCCAGCUGCUGAAACUGAAAAGUUGCAACAAUCUUUGUACGAAAGUACCGAUCCAGCCCCACCAUUGGCUUUAGAAAAGGAAUACAAUGUUGCUGAAUUGCAAUCUUUGCUAAACAACCAAGAUAAGCCAAUGUUUGAAAGAUACAGAGCUAUGUUCAGAUUGAGAGAUCUUGACACUGAAGAAGCCAUCCACGCCUUGGCUUCUGGUUUCAAUGACCCAUCUGCUUUGUUCAAGCACGAAAUUGCCUACGUCUUUGGUCAAAUGGGUACCCCAUUGGCUGUUCCAGUCUUGACUGAAGUCUUGGGCCGUAUGGAAGAAGCCCCAAUGGUUAGACAUGAAGCUGCUGAAGCUUUAGGUGCCAUUGCUACCCCAGAAGUUGUCCCAGUCUUGAAGAAGUACUUGGAUGAUGAAGUUGAUGUCGUUAGAGAAUCUGCCAUCGUUGCAUUGGACAUGUACGCAUAUGAAAACAGUAACGAAUUUGAAUAUGCUCCAACUGCUUAA